GGAGGGAGGGCUGGUGCCGCCCGGCUUGGUCCUCCGGGACAAAUUAGGCUGUUUAAAUAAAGAGAUGCAUUUUCAAGGCGGCAUCAUCAGUGGAGGAAGCGACCUGUGCCCGUUUUUCACACCCUCCGUGUGCGCAGAGGGCAACUGGUUCCCGUUUAUGGCUGCUCCGAUGUCCCAGGACCUUCCAACCAGCAACGUCGUUCAUUUUAACAGCCAAGAUGCUAAUUUAACGACUGCAGUGAUUCCCUCAACGACUGUGGCAAGAAAGUGGAAAAUGGGCCCAAAAUAAGACUGCCUGUAAAAGACAGAAAAAAAUGAGGCUCAAGGACUCCGGAGCGGGUCUUUCUCGGGAAUUCUCCUUUCUGCGGCCAAUUCAGAAUUUGCAGGAUGGACACUGAAGCAGGAAGACAUGAAAGGUGUCAGAACUGAAGUAAAAUGAAAUGUUUAUUACAAUUGUCCCCAUUGAAGCAGCCCUUCCCCAUCUUUCCUGCUUGCAGAAGAGGCUCUUUGUCCUCGGCGUGGCCUGCUGGGAAGAUCCGGAGGAAGGAAGGCGAGAGGACCGGUCCUGACGCAGGAGGCUGCUUGUUCCAGGAAGACCUUGAUCCGCUCUGUUUGGUCUUGCAUGUUUGAGUUCAGAGGUCAGAACAAGGAGUGAAAAAAAAAACCUCACUGAUCUUUACACGAACUCUGUUUAUGACUGGCUGGCUCUGCGGGGGUCCCAUUGUCGAUGGGCGCAUUUAUACUGAACUCUGUGUCCAGCCUGGCUCUCCGGUUAAUCAUUCUCUAGAAAGCAGCCAUGAGCGCAGCUGAGAUCAAACCAGAACUUUGAGAAAAGCCUCUGGCUGGCAGAGACGCAGACGGACAGUCAGGCAGCUGCUGGCUCCCUCUUUUGAGCCCUCUGCUGCCAGCCUUCCUCUCCCCUCGGUCAGCAACUCUGCUGCGCCUGCAGUUUGGACUCUUAAAAGCCGCAGAGCCCUACUCCUUCCGUCCACUCUCUUUCUUGACCCCUGGAAGCACAGGCCCAGCCACAAUGGCGGAGAAGAACUACAGCUAUCACCGGUUUGUCAUAUUCACCGCUAUGUAUGUUGGGUACACCUUGUACUACUUCAACAGAAAAACUUUCUCCUUCGUGAUGCCUUCAAUCAUGGAAGAGGUACCUUUGGACAAAGACGAUUUGGGUCUCAUCACCAGCAGCCAAUCUGCCGCUUACGCCAUUAGCAAGUUCGUGAGUGGCGUCCUUUCAGACCAGCUGAGUGCCCGCUGGCUCUUCUCUUCCGGCCUCCUCCUGGUGGGAUUGGUCAACGUGCUGUUUUCUUGGAGUUCCACCGUUGCCCUGUUUGCGGGACUGUGGUUCUUGAAUGGACUGGCCCAAGGCCUGGGCUGGCCCCCCUGUGGCAGAGUGCUGCGCAAGUGGUUUGAACCUUCCCAGUUUGGGACUUGGUGGGCCAUCCUCUCCACCAGCAUGAAUCUGGCUGGAGGAAUCGGACCCAUUGUGGCAGCAUUGAUGGCCCUGACCUAUGCCUGGCGCACCAUCCUAGCCUUCUCUGGCACACUGUGUGUGGUUGCCUCCUUGGUGUGUUUGCUCCUGAUUAAGAAUGAGCCUUCGGAUGUAGGACUGCCCAACCUUGACUCUAAGCCCAAGAAAGGGAAACGAGACUCCGCGAAGGACGACAGCACCUUGGCUGAGCUGCUGUGUUCGCCCUACCUCUGGGUCCUCUCCUCUGGCUACCUGGUGGUCUUUGGAGUGAAGACGUGUUGUACUGACUGGGGACAGCUCUUUCUCAUCCAGGAGAGAGGACAGUCGGCCCUUGUGGGCAGUUCCUAUAUGAGUGCCUUGGAAAUUGGGGGCCUCGUGGGCAGCAUUGCUGCUGGUUAUCUUUCGGACCGUGCAGUGGCCAGGGUGGGUCUCUCAAUCUACGGAAACCCUCGGCAUACCCUGCUCAUCCUGAUGAUGGCCGGCAUGGCUGCCUCGUUGUUCCUUUUCCGAGUCACCGUAACUGACAGCUCCCCCAAGGGAAAUUAUUCUUGGACUCAAUUCCUCCAUCCUCUGGCUGAUCUUGUGGGCCUUACAGAACAUGAGCUCUGGAUCCUGCUCUUGGGAGCCGUCUUUGGGUUUUGCUCUUAUGGACCAAUUGCCCUGUUUGGCGUCAUAGCCAAUGAGAGCGCGCCAUCCAACCUGUGUGGCACAUCUCAUGCCAUUGUGGCCCUGAUGGCUAACGUGGGAGGCUUCCUGGCCGGCCUGCCUUUCAGCACGAUUGCCAAGCACUACAGCUGGGGAACGGCCUUCUGGGUGGUGGAGCUGAUCUGCACGGCCAGCACUCUGGCCUUUUUCCUCCUGAGAAAUAUCUGCACCAAGAUGGGCCGCGUGCCGAAGAAAGUGGACUGAAAGGCCGCACGGCUUCGCUGCAAAGGAGCCUCCUUCAUCCACAGCCAGGAGCUCAGAGAGGCAGACGCUCUAAGCAGGUUGGCUGCCUGCCUUUACAAAGUGGUGGCAAAAUCUCACCUGGUUGUUGCUGCCAGUUCUCAUCCUUCAAAACUUAGUGGAUGCCCUUAGUAGCGGGCAGCACCCGGCAGAGGGGACAGAGCAGCUGAAUAGAAGUUUCACCCUGAGGAAUUUCUUCACUCUCUCUCUCUCUCAAACACACACACACACCUUUUUGGUCUGUGUGCUCAUUUCCUACAUUACAUUUUCAACUGACAUUUUCCAACUCUUCUCACAAAUUACACUCGGGUAUAACCAAACAGGAGGUAUGUUAGAAAAAAAGGAGCCAUCUCUUACUCUGUUUAGGUUCAGUCAACAGCAGGUAAGCUUAGAAGUGGACUAAAAACUACUUUUAGAAAUUGAGAAAGAUCAAACUUUGUUGACUGUAUCACAAGUAUCAGUAUAAACUGAGAGGUUCUAUGUCCCAUCGAACUUUAAUAGAAGAAAAGCAGCGUUUUAACUGUUGGAACUGCCUAGGAAUUCUGCAGCCAUGAAGCUCUCCAGAUGUAAUUAGAUGCCUUUAGGAAUAAACCUUGCUACAUUUACUAUAAUAGCUUCUAAAUUAUGACUGUUAUAUGGAAUGCGUGUGUCAACAAAAAUAAAAAAUUGUCCAGUAAAA